CAAUCCUCUUUGGGACAUGCUGCCAGACUGCGGUCAGCUGUGAUCUCCACUGACAAUCAUAACCUAAUUAAUUCCCGAAUUAGUCAAAAGAACUAAACUAUUAUAUUAUAUGAAAAAGAAUGCGUACAACAGUUGAGAAAAAUAACCCCCACUUAUAAAGAAACGAAAAGAGCGUAGGAACGACAUAAUGUUUGGAUUGUCAGUUCGACGUGAGAGUUACAUCUUACCCCAAAUAAUCAGAAGAUCAUACGUUGAUGGACCGAGUUUUCGUGAACGUUGGGCUGAUAUGGAUGAAGAGGAAAAAGAAAGAGUGAGAAAGAGCAGAAAAUUGAAGGCUUGGAGAGCACCGAUGGAGCCGCAAGAUCACUAUUUGCAAGCGUUCAACAUUAGUACCAACAAACACGGGUUCUUCAGUAAUAAAUUUAGCUUAAAGCUUACAGACUGGUUCAGCUGGUACAAACAACAUCAAAUGGAUUAUGUGAAAUGGAGCCAGAGGUACAUUCCAGAGCGUCAGCAAACCCUGGGAAAUGACUUGGCUCUUGCACACUUCGUCGUUCACAGAAAUGGUAAAGUCCGGAUGAAGGGCUCCCAAACGUUUAUGGACAUCAAGAAUGCACUCGACCUACCAGAUACAUUUACCCCGAACUGGUUCCUUGAAGAGGUUGAUGUAAGUGGUACCGAAAUAUGUUACGAAGGCCUCGAAAAUUUUGCCAAUCUCGGGAGACUGAAAAUAGCGGCUUUUAGAAAUUGUCAGUAUUUUGAUGAUUGGUGUUUGGAGAGAAUCUUGAACAUGUGCCCAAAUCUCGAGGUACUUGAUAUCUCAGAUAAUGUGAAAAUUACAGAGCGGGGAUUGGAGGGAGCUUACAGAAACUGUAAUCUUAAAAAAUUGAUCGUCACGGAUUGGGGAUAUGGAGUAAGCUUUGAAUUAGUUUGCUUAAUGCUAGAAGAUGCUGUACCUGGACUGCAAGUGGAAAUUAAAACUCCUACGGUAGCAAAUGAAAAGUUGAAUGCAAGUCCAGAUGUUGUUGCAGAAUCCACAAUCAAAAGAGAUCAAGUAUUUAAAUAGGCAUUAUUCCUGAUCAUUACGCACUUUUCUGCUUUAUGAAUUUCCGUUGAACCAAGUAUAAUAGUGUAAAAAUUAUUAACAAUUUUCAGGAUUCAUAGGCUCUAAUUUUGUGUAGUUCGGAUCGUAUAAAUACAUGAAAUUGGGAAAACUCCGAAUAAAUUUAUUACGUAUUA